AUGGCUUUAUCCCAGAAUUCCGAAAAGGGAGAUCCCGUUGAUCAAAGUACGGGAGUCACCUACGAGGGAAGCUGUCAUUGCAAAGCUGUGCUUUAUUCUGUGAAACUGCCUUCUGAGAUACCGAGCUUGCCAGUCAUUUCGUGCAAUUGCAGCUAUUGCCACGUUUCAGGCAGUUUUCAUGCGUUCGCGGAUGACAUCGAAAUCCGCCAAGGGGAAGAAGCCCUCAAGGAAUAUCGUUUCGGCACGCAUUCCAUCAAGAUUUUCUUUUGCGGAACCUGUGGUGCCAAUGUGUACAACAGAUCGGUGAAUCCAAAGUUCAUCUUUGGCAAAUGUGCUAUCAAUGUACGCCUCCUACAGGGUGUUGAUCUAGGAGCCAUAGAAGUCACCAAGCGUGAGGGCAAGGAUUUCUAUCCACCACCUUUGUAA